AUGCCCGUCGGAAGCUGCUUUUGCGGGAAAAUCCAGCUCGAGUUCACCAACUCGCCAAUUACAUCGGGCCUCUGCUACUGCAGCGACUGCCGCAAGAACAGCGGUUCCCUGUUUACCUACAGUUUCGUGUUCAGGAACGCCGACGUCAAGAUCACUGGGUCUCCGAAAGUAGUCACCAAACGCGCCGACAGCGGGAAUACAGUCAAGAACCAUUUCUGCGAUGAGUGUGGCACUCCCCUCUACGGCCUCCGUGUCAAUCCCGAUGGGAGUCAAGGCGAGAGCAUGAUCGUACGGGCGGGAAUUUUUGAUAACCUGAGCCUGUUCAAUCAGGUGAAGCCCAAGGCGGAGCUGUAUGUUGAUGGACGGGUGAGCUGGCUGUGUCCGAUUGAGGGGGCGGAGCAGUUUGUUGGGAUGGUGCCUUUGCCUUAG